UCAUGUGAUAGUGUCAACUGCGCAUGUUUCACGGAAGCUGUCAAUCGGCCAUUAUAAUUUUCCACCUGUAAAUAAAGUAAUUUUUCGCAGAUGACAUCCGUAUAGCAAUCUCAUUUGGCAAUUAAAGUAGAAAACAGAUACUGCGAAAAUGUCAGAUUUUGACAGCAAUCCAUUCGCUGAUCCAGAAGCACAGGCAAAUCCUUUUACUGAUCCUUCUGUACGUCAAGCUACUGGUGGAAAUGUUGGUACAAACCAGGGUACCAUGGAUGAGUACAAUCCAUUUGAAGAUGGUAAUAAAACCCGUCCUGCAGCAGGAUCAAUGACUGAACAGCCACUGUUAGAUGGAGCUGGGCGUGGCUCAGUACCUCCCCCACAACCAGCUACUCAGCCUGCUAUAAUGCAGCCAUCAGAAGAACCUCCACCGUACGCUGCCUCAGGGGCACAGAAAAUUGAUACAUCAGAUCUACAGAAAAGACAAGAGGAAUUAGAGAGAAAAGCAGAAGAACUGUCAAGAAAAGAAAGAGAAAUGAGAAACAUGCAGUAUAAUGACCGACAGAACAACUGGCCACCGUUACCUGGAUUUUGUCCUGUUGGUCCAUGUUUUUAUCAAGAUUUUAGUGUUGAUAUUCCUUUAGAAUUCCAGAGGACUGUAAAAUUUGUAUACUACUUAUGGUGGUUUUAUGUAUUAGUAUUACUUCUAAAUGUGUUGGCGAGUUUAGCUUUUUUCAUUGUGGACGGUGAUGGAGGAGUAACGUUUGGAUUAUCUAUUGUUUGGUUUGUCUUAUUUACACCAUGUUCUUUCUUAUGCUGGUAUAGACCUGUCUACAAAGCUUUCAGGAGUGAUAGUUCCUUCAACUUUUUUAUUUUUUUCUUCAUUUUCUUCUUCCAAUUUCUUGUGUGUAUAUUGCAAGCAUUGGGAGUAACUGAUGUCACAGUUGGAUGGAUAAAUGGUUUUAAAGUAGUUGGAAAUCAUACUGGUGCUGGUGUGAUGAUGCUAUUUAUAGCAUUCUUCUUCUCCUUGGCAGCUGUGUUUGAAAUUCUCUUACUGAUCAGGGUGCACAAAAUAUAUAGAAGUACUGGAGCCAGUUUUGCCAAAGCUCAACAGGAAUUCUCCACUGGAGUAAUGAGGAAUGAACAUGUACAAAGUGCUGCGGCUAAUGCAGCAUCAGGGGCAGCUAAAGGAAUGGCUAGUCAGUAUGGAUCAAAUAAUAAAUACUGAACUCACUCAGAGUUGUUCCAGCCAAAGUUCCUCAAUUAGAACGCUUGAAAGUCAUGUGAUAAAAAAAAAAGAAGUUGGAUGGUGCAGUUGUGAGAUUUUGUUAUUUAUUUGUUUUAAUCAUUUUGUUGUUAAGAACUUAUUUAGUUUAUAAUGAUAUCAUAUCAUGUUGCACAUCAUAUUGUAGUACAGCUGUAUGUAUAACUACCUGGCAAUUAAUCUGGUCAGAUCAGAACUAUUAUAAAAUAUAAAAUUUACAAGUCUUACUUAGGCCAUAGUAACAGUAUUCCUAUCUUUCACCCCAGUCUUGUGUAAAUUUUUAUUCCACAUCUUUAUCAUACAAGAGAAACAUUUUCAUUGAUAAUUAAUUUCUAUAUCAGAAACAGUUUCAAUUUUUUUCCCAAAAGUCUCAUCAUGGAAGUAGAGGUAUUAAUGCACAAAAAGGCAUAAGGUUUUAUAUAAAUAUUAUAGAUACUUUAUGGUAAUGUCUUAUUAGGCAUAUUAUUUCUUUUAAAGAAAUAACAUUUCAGUAGAUUUUUAUGUUGUAUGUUUUUGUUAGAGCAAUGUUGACUUUCAUAGUUAUAGUUAAAAUAGUGACUUUUGCAUAAACAUUUGAUUUCAAAAUAAAUUUUAAUAGUUGUUUUAAUUAUAAUCAAUUCCAUAAAAGUUCUCAUCAUAACAUUGUUUCAAAUUUCCUAAAAGGAAAGAAAAUACACAAACCAAACUUCAGAGUAUUACUGAUGGAAAGUAAUCAAAGAAUGAUAUUAUUUGGAAUGAAUCUCUGAGCAGCCAUCUUGAUUUUAAGAAAAAGUAUUAUCCUGGAAAUGUUUUUUAACAGGUUGGUGACUUUUAAAAAGAAAAGGUUCAAAUGAAGAACAUGAUUUAUUAAGACCCAAGUCUUCAUUUAGCAUUAUUGGCGAGGAUUACAUUGUAAUGCAUCUCAAUAUUGCAUUAGUUUCAUAAAGUCUUCAAUGACUUGCUAUAGAAUAUAAAAGUUCUUUAACAAUAAAACACACAUGUCAUUACAUCCUGAUAUACAAGCAAAAUAAUUGCAUAACUUUGUUGCUGUGCAACUAUUGAAAACCAUUUUUAUUUUUUCAAACUAAAAACUAAUGGUAUUAUAAACUUAAUAUAUUUAACAUCAUUGCAUAUAUAUUUAAUGUGAUAUAACAUGUAUAUCAGCAUAUUGACUUGAGGUUAGGGAUAAAAGAUAUAAAUAAUGUGUAAAUGACAUGUUUUGCAGAAAACAUAUAACUAUUUCAGAUGUGACACUUUUUCUUUAAUAAGUUCUUUCUAGUCAACUGUAUUUGUGUAAAUAAGAUGGUAGGACAUACAUAAUUACAUAUUUUCUUUGCACAAUGGAAGGAAGAAUUAUUUUUGUUUCAUUAUAUUUCCUCAUUUUUAUCAUUUCACUUGUCCAUUUCAUAUUAAUCUUGAUUGAAAGAACCAAAAAGUAAAUAACUUGGUCAUAAUUAAACAAAUAUGAUGAUACAUAAUCGUGGAUACAUUUGUAAAUUAUUCUGGAUUCAUUUGAUGUAAUUAUUAAUGAUUGUAUAAUCACGUUGCUCAUGUGAAUUGCUUCUAAUAAGUACUUAUAAUAUGUUAACUUCCAAUUAUCAACUAGGCUUUGUAUUUUUUGCAGAUACUUUAUAAACUAUUUCAUGUGCAAAAUGAAUUGAAAGUGAUAUUGUCAAAAGCUUGCUUGUACAAAAUGGCUGCCUGAGCAAUCUGUUGUUUAUUUUUCAUGUUUAAUUGGGAACAACUACAGUAUAUUUCUUAAUUUUAUGUAUACAUGUAUUCAGUGUUUAUAUAAAUCAUUUUUUGUUACUUUGGGUAUGUUGUUAAUUCAUAUAUAUAUAUAGUUUAUGUUCAAUAUUUCCUUUUUCUUUCUAAUUUCAGUUGUCUUAGUAUACUAAUCUAAAUUUGUUUCCAAUAUUCAAAAGUGAAAAAUAUGCAAGACCAUUUCACAAAACUAAAUUCAAAAUACCAGUAUAAAUGAAAAAAUGCAACAAAAACGAUUGUAAAAAUGAGAAACAAGAUUUUUUUUGCACUGAUUCAAUGUUAAUGAGUUGUUGUAAUUGAAGGGUAGAUAUGUGUUAUUUUCAGUAUUAAUAUAGAAUAUGUUUUAGUGAUUGUUAGGGAUGAUUAAAAGACUAGACACUUUUUCAAGAAAUCCUGGAAGGAAUUAUACUGGAGGCAACAUAAUAAUAAAUUACUUAUUGAUCCGAUGUAAUAGAUAAACCAUUAAUUAACAAGUUAUGAAUUUGUAUAAUUUAUGUAGUAUAGAAAAAAAAGUCCCUUUGUUGUGUUCUUGAAUAAAUAAGUUAGGAAGAGUACUGUCGUAACAUUCCAACUACAUUAUAGUAAAAAUCAUAGAGAUUGUAAUAUGAAAGGAAAAUGUGGGGUUUCAUGUAUAAAUGAAAAAUGGGCAAACUAUGAAAAAAAUGUUAUAAUAUAUUCAUACCUGGAAAUUGAAAAAUGCCGUAUAAAGAUGUAUUUUAGCUUAAUACAAGAAAAUAACAUUUAGAUUUGAUGUUUUCAUGUUAUGCACACAUUUGAUCAAAACUGUCAUUGUACUGUGUUUGUUAAUAGUUGUUUUUUGGAAAGCAAUAAACAAAAUUUUACUCCUAUCUUUUAAUAACAUAUGAGUAUGUCUGUUAUAGAAGAUUAUACUUGUUGUAAAGAGGGUUUAUAUGUAUUCAUUGUAAGAUUGUAGUAUAAAUUAUAAUUGUUUUGCUGUACUAAGCCUCUUAAUAAAUGUAAAUUAAGAAAACAA